AUGACGAACAUGGCCGUGAAUAAUCCCCAGAAUGAGAAAAGAUCAUGGAGAAAGAGAAACCACGUGCCCUCGAUUUUCAUACAGGACAUGGAUCGCACCGUUGGAAACCUCGCCUACCUUCCUUUCACAGGAAACCCAGCUCACGGUGGAAGACUUCCAACGCCAAAUAACCUCCAGAACCAUGCUUUCAACUUUCCCAGCACUUUUCCAACGUACCCUGCUUGUCAUCUGGGACCUGGCCCAGCCUUCAUGGGAUACCAACCCCAGAAUGAGAUGAACGCGAACGUUAUGCCCAUGCCCCCACUUCCUCCACGCCCGAUUGAAUCCGAGCAGGAGCACCAGAACAGACUGUUUCUGGAGCAGUUCCGCUACGCAGGUCAGCAGCAGGAGUACGAAUCACCCCGUUUUGAUCCUACUAUCCAUGAUACGAUCAGAAGAAUGGAGAGCUUGAAAGUUGCGAGUGAGGCAAGCGCCAACGACAAUGCUAGUUCUCCAACUUCUCAGCUUCGUGGAGAUGCCCCCGAGUUCGUCCCAGGAAAAAAGGAUGACCAGGUUGAGGAAAAAAGCAGAAACUCGGGAAGUCAGUUCUCUUGGACAAUCGUCAGCAGUAGCAACAGUGGCUACCAAUAG